GUCUCACCUGGCUGUUCCUCUCUCUGCAGACGCGUGAUGUGCUGUGGCAGCAGUGUGCCAUCCAGAUCACCCACGCGAUACAGUACGUGGUGGAGUUUGCCAAGCGGAUCUCAGGGUUCAUGGAGCUGUGCCAGAACGACCAGAUUCUACUGCUCAAGUCAGGUUGUCUGGAAGUUGUGCUGGUGAGGAUGUGUCGUGCGUUCAACCCUCUGAACAACACUGUGCUGUUCGAGGGAAAGUAUGGUGGCAUGCAGAUGUUCAAAGCACUAGGUUGCGAUGACUUGGUGAGUGCCGUGUUUGACUUUGCCAAGAGCCUGUGUUCCCUGCAGCUGACAGAGGAGGAGAUCGCCCUCUUCUCGGCGGCCGUGCUCAUCUCCACAGACCGACCGUGGCUGAUGGAGCCACGCAAGGUGCAGAAGCUUCAGGAGAAGAUCUACUUUGCGCUGCAGCACAUCAUGCAGAAGAACCACAUGGAUGAGGACGCGCUGGCCAAGCUGAUCAGCCGUAUCCCCACGCUGUCGGCCCUCUGCACACUGCACACCGAGGAGCUGCAGGCCUUCCAGCAGCUGCACCCGGAGACGGUCAACGUCCUGUUCCCGCCGCUGUACAAGGAGCUCUUCAACCCCGACCCCAACUCCGCCAUGUCCCUGCCCAAGUGACUGCCCUGGGUCCCGCCCCCGCCCGCGGAGGACCACCACGCCCCGGACCCGCCCGUCACCGCGGCAACGUCGCUGUCGUCUUCGUCGUCGUCGUCACGGCGAUCGGAUUCGGAAGCGCCCCCCGAGAACCGGGCGUGGCCGGAGAGGGGGGGUGCGGUCGGAGGCGGGCCCUCGCGGCCGACCACACCACUAGGAAUGUCCAGCUCUCGCCCCGCCCCGUCCACCGCUACAGUCUGAAGAAUGUGGAUAUAUAUAUAUGUAUAUGGGGCUCUGUGUGUAUACAUAUAUAUAUAUAGGCACCAGCCCAGACGCAAACCCAGACAGAGGGGCCUUCUCCUUCUGAACUGAACUGACUGACCAGAAAUGUACAGACUGAAAAAGAAAAUAAUCUUAGGGACCAUUUUAAAUCUUUUUGCAAAAAAAAAAAAUACAAAUAUGGGUAAGUUUGUUUUGUUUCAGACUUUGAUUGAAAAGAAGAAAAAAAAAACAAUCAUUUCUCUUUUUUUUUUUUCUUUCACUCGAUGGCAUUACAGUGCGGUCGGAGCCUGACCGGGAGGGAAGGGAUUUAGAGAAAAAGCUUAUGUAGAUAUUCUCCUAGUGAAGGGCAGAUCCAGUAUUACUUAUUGUUCUGUUUUUUAAAAAAUAGUUGUUAUUUAAAAAGAAAACAGCUGUUCUUGGCUGGCUAUACCUUGUCUAUGUGUUUCUUUUCGUUUUUUUUUUUUUACUUUAUUCAAUAGUUUCAUGUGUACAGAAUUUGUAAAGUUGUGACGAGAAUUGUCAGAGAAUAUUGGUGGAUAAACCGGGGCUUGAUACAGGUUUUGUUGAUAUUAUGAAAGCCUUGUCUGGAUUCUGUCGAUAUGUAAAGAGGGGACUGCAACCUUACACUUAGAAUUUAUAAAAAUGUAAAGAAAACAUAUGAAGGAUUUAAAGAAAAGAGAAUAAUGGCGACUACUUUUCAAUGUGAAGAUAUAUACAUAAAUAUUCUAUUUUGAGAAGAAGAAGGAAAAAAAAACAGAAUCGGGCACAUUUGCCGUCCUAUCAAUAUUGUUGUUGUUUUUUGUUUUUUAUCUGGCUGCAAUAAUUCUCCGUCCAACCAAAAGCUGGACUCCUUUUGAACAAUCAAUCAGAAGCAUACAAUCAAGGACCAGUAGGAGCUCACGGUAGACCUCUCUCCUCACCCCCUCCUCCCCUCCUCUCCUUCACUACCGAGGGCCUAGAGACGCUGAGCGGGGUAGACGUGACUGGAGGGCCGAGCGUAAUCAGAUCACCUAGACUAUAUUGUAGAGAAGCCAUCAAAACAAACUGCUGUUUGUCUGCUGUGAAAGUGUGGCAUAGGUACCCUUUCCCGCUCUCGCAAUCCCUCUUUUUGCACAAAAUCCAGUCCUGUGAUGUGAAUCACUCAUGGGACUGAGUAGGCUACAAAGGACCACCCCACCCUCACCCCCACCCCACAGCAAUAAUGUUCACACUGCCUUUCUGAUCGCAUCCCUCAUGUACCCUCCCUCCCCCCCCCCCCCCCCCCCCCCCCUGUUUUUAGCACAGAACAGGGGAGCCAAUUUUAUAUUGUAGAAUGCACUAAACUAAUUCCUAACUAGAAGUCCUCCUAUCGUUCCAUUGAAGCAUGGUUCAUGUUCCAGGGGCUAAGUAGCACUAUGAAAUUAUCCCAACAGUUUUAUUAAAUUCCCGCUAGAUGUGAAGAAAAAAAAAAGGCUGGCUAGUCUUUAUCAAUCCUUAUAACAUUUAAAGUUGCAAUAUUUAAUUACUAUUUGUAUAGAGGGCUCUGAUAGACAAUCACUUAUUUAUUUUGUUUAAAAAUUUGUUUAGCUAUUCGAUAUUUAUUGGCAUAUGUAGAUUGUCAAUGCUUUUGAUUUUCUUUUCUUUUUUUAAAUAAAUGUUUUGUUGAUGAAUA